AUUAUUUCUCGAAGAUAUAGUAAUCGUUAAAUACUUUAGACCUCCCUUCUCCUGAUCGGUUUUCGGUAAUCCUUGCAAAAUGGCAACAGACAACGUGAUGCAAAUGUCGAUACGAUCUUUAGAGGAGACCGAAGAGGAUGAGGACUUGGAUGAAACACUGUCAGAGCGACUAUGGGGCUUGACUGAAAUGUUUCCUGGUCCAGUGCAGAAGUUUUUUGCUCACUUUAUUGGCUUGUCUGGCCUGGCCUUCAAGACCAGCUACAGUUUUGGCCGCAAUGCUCUGUGGAUUUUAGCAUCCUCAGCAACUAUCAUGGUGCUUCCUGUAGUCUUUGAGUCUGAGCGUGCACAACAGCAGGAGCAACAGUUACAACAACAGAGACAGAUCUUGCUGGGUCCCAAUGCUGCAGUGUCUGGAACAGGAAGUCAGAACCUUUUACCUGGAAUAGGCAUGAUGACACCAGGCAUGAUGGGAUCAAAGUAACUGUAGGUGCUUCCAUAGAACACCCUUGCUUUUCUUCAAAAUCACCAUAAACAGGUUUCUUGACAGAAACAAACUGAGUUUUGAUUGUUAUUCAUGGAAUGCCAUUGGCAUGGAUGUAGACAAGUAGAUGCAGAGUGCAUACCAGUAUGAAAGUAAUGAUGAAUGCGAUAGUAAAUGGAAAGCAUACGGUGUUAGUGUUUUAUGUUAUAUCAGUGUGUGAUAUAUUUUUUAUUUUAAUAAACAUUAUGAGAAAUGGG